CCUCGUGUAGCUGGCCCUUGCCUCGAUCAUUCAACUUGCGGCAGCGACAGCAGCUCCUCAUCUCUGGCUCAUCUCAGGGUGUGCGUUGCUAUGGUGCCUUAGACGAGGCCCUGCGCUCGUUGAUCUGGUUUAUUCCUGCCGUGUGCGCAAAGUCUCUCCGCCGACCACGCCGCGCUUAAAACAGGAUGCAGGGAACAGUCAAGACCUUCCUCAGCCUCAAGCCAUGCAAGAAUGUGUGCACCAUAAGCAGAUUGCCCCCGAAAAUCUUGCUAUGUCGAGGACUUCUGACAUCAAGGUCGCAGGGACAGAUCGAAGCUGUUGCCACGCAGGUUCUUGAGCCCACUGCUGCUGCACUGAAGAAGCAGCCCGCGCCAGUAGAACCACCCGAGUGGCCUUACACCGAGCGCACCGUAAAAGUUCACACGUGUGCGAAACUCUACCAGGACUGGAGAAAAUGGAAGCCAGGCUACCAGAAUGCACCUCCCGAAGGCGUUGAAGUGGAACUCGGCUACAUGCACACGGGCUUGGACAGACCGGUGGCUCAGCGCACGGGCAGCCCCACGGUGUUGUUGCUGCACGGCGCCCCCGGCAGUUAUCGUGAUUUUACUCAACUGGUGCCUUUCCUGGACAGCCAAGGUGUCACUGUCAUCUCACCUCGGUGGCCUGACCUGCGCUUGAGCUACCGGACUGGAACAUUCUGGCAUUCAGCAGAGGAAAAGACUCAGCUGCUGACGGACUUUCUCAAGGCCAUCAACAUCAGCAAGGUUGACAUGCUGGUGGCUCACAGCAGUGCCAUCUACCCAACCUUAAAUGUCAUGACCAGGCCAGGCAUGCCUCAAGUGAAAGCAGUGGCGCUACUGGCACCAGCAGGACACCAGCUGGUCAGGGCAAUCAGGCCACUACCCCUGAUGCGGGCUUUUGCAGUGCACUACACGAAUCCACGAUAUCAAGGCUUCAUGAGACACUUGGGCAUUGCCAUAAUGAAGUACACAAGGAAUCCCAUCAAGCCUAACAUUGAAGACGCCAUUAUGUCGCUGCAAACUAUGAUCUUUUCCGACUAUGAAGAGGCAGGGGACAAGAUCAAGCAAGUUGCAAACAGUGGGAUACCUCUGCUUAUAGCAUUCAGUGAGAAUGAUCGAGCCAUCAACCCAGAAGUGAUCUUCAACAUGGUGGACCUUAUUGGCACACGCAACCAAGAUCUGUGGCUCUACGAUGCCGAUGGAAAGUUGGUCAGAAAAGGGUCAACAUCAGGCUCCAGGAAAGUAAUGUUGUUCAAGAAAGGAGGCCACUACCUGUUCCGCCGACAUCCAGAGGUCGUCAAUUCUGCUGUCAUGGAGCUUCUUCAAACAGCCCUUGCAUCGAGCAAGUAACAGGUCUUUGAAAUGACGACGGAUGUUUUGCUAAGACAACACCUCACACUAUGCCACUGACAUCAUCCUGAAUGCUGUGUCAAGUGAACUUCCUUAAAGCUAAACGAACGUAGAGUGCUGCAAAGUAACAUUGACUUCCAUUAACUCUCUCUACAUUCUACAAAUGUUUCUCAUAUUUGUCUAACCACUACUCUGACGAUUCAUGAGCGCCACACUUUCCAGCGUUGUUGGACACCCUUAGAAUCAUUAGCUAACUGUGUGUGAAGGUGCUCCAUACAUUACAGCUUCGAAAGUUGACCAAACCCUGGGUAACUUCUGUCUUUUGAAACUUUGUACAUAGCACCACCUUUGGGAGCUUUGUGCCAUCUUCUAACAUUUCCUCUGGUUAUUUAAGCAUUUUUUGCAGUGAGUUAAACUAUCUGUGGCAUGAUUGCUCAGGUUUUGCAGCUUGUCCUGUUUACACUACAGCAGCUAAAUUAAUUGUGUCAGAAAGACCAGCUGAAGUACCCUGGAGUCACCUAAACCGAGCCGAUACCCAUGUUUACAUUUACAAACAAUGAUUUGUGGUGGUGUAUAGGUCACUUGAGAUGUGUAAACUGGUAGCUUCACAAGCAUCACUUUAAGCACUCACUAAUGUGACAGUCUCAGGAAUACUGGCUACUCCAAGCUGUAGCUUUUCAUUUUGGCUUCUUCUAAAGCUUGUUUCUAAGGUAUAAUAUAGUGACCUAAUAAUACCCGUGAUGCAGGGUAAAGCUAGAUAAAGAAUCAUGAUCACCCACAAACUCUAGACCUUCACGAAACACUGAGCAAUAUUUAGAUUUUCCCAUUCCCAUUUACCUAAUCGAGAUGCAACAUCUUCACCUCAUUGCGGAGGCAUUUUCCUUUCUCCUCAGCAAAGUAUGCUCAUUUUCGCAACUAGUUGUAGUUUAUGCUUUCUGGGAAUCAUUCAACUAGACCAUGCAUUCUGCAAUACUACCUGCAUCUGAGAAGCCUUGAGAAGGCAUCUAUUCGCAGGGUCUGCAGGUUCUAACUUCUUCAAAAAGUGUCAGUCUUUUAUUGAAGCAUUACUCAGUGCAUAAGUCAUCCAAUUUAUACAUGCAUCUUUUUUACUUUGCUGCUUAAAUCAGCCAGUAAAGUAAUGAGCCAAUCAUGUUCAUUACUCACGCUUAUCCACAGCAAAAUGUAAUGUAAAACUUCAAAGAAAAGAAACGACAUACUUACUCAAGCAGUUGGACAUAAAAUCAUGUCUAUAAUCUUGAAAUUUCAAGCUAGAAGCCAUAAACACUGACUGUUCUCAAGUUGUGUUCAUCUUGUGCUUCUUACCAAAGAUUUUAGCAAGACGGGGGCCUAGAGCGUUGGCCAAAAUGCACUGUGACGGGCCUUUCCUUUACUUCAUCAGUGUUUGCGUCGUACUGUGUGUACUGUCUGCAAGCUUUGUAGCCUCCUAAUGCAAGUCAAAUGCAUUUAAAAGUUAAAAUACACAAAAUGUUCAAGAAUUCAUUAACGUAAAAGUAUAUAUAAGUAUGUGCGACCCUUUUUGCUGAGUAUAUAUUUCAGCAGAAACUUUGACUAGAGACUCAGUGACACACAGGUGGAAGAGUGCAAUGUUUACUUCCCUAUUCUCUUUCAAUGCUAUGUUUCCUCUCAGCUAGGUUGGCUUGUAGCUCAUUUCUUGCCUUUUUCAUUUUUCAUGGUGUAAAUAGAGUAACCACUGAGAGCUCAUAUUUUGUAAAGAACCCUAGAACAACAAACAUUGAAGUUGAAGUAGUGCCACGUGUGCAUGCGGGAGCCUCUGCUCAUGAACAAGUCAUGGCAAUGAAGACUGGUUCAACGAUUAGCUUUUAUAUUUAGGUCAUUGUGCAGGCCUCGGAUGUCAUAAGCAGCACAAAACAGGAAUGCUGGAAAAGGGCUAGACAAAAAAAAGUUUUGCGCAAUUGUAGAGAGCUGGGCUUGCUGGUUGUACGCAAGUGAAAAACAGCGUGAGAAAUCACAUGACAUACUGAAAGAAAACGUGCACAGCGCUGCGUGUGUCCCUUCUGUGUGUUCUGUGAUUUGUCGUGCUGUAUUUUUUUUUUUUAAAGGUUGGGGACUUGCCUCCUAUGUGCAGAAGAAUAUUUGACAUGCGCAUUCGUAGUAUCAGCAUUUUCAGACAGUUAAGGUUGUUCACAGCAGUGCGGCACUUUUUGGGGUCCGUUUUCUGUCCAACAGUCCAUGUUUCAAGUGUUUCACUGGUUUGGACAGAGCACAUCUGCUACUUUGUGCUAAUUCAACUCUUAGCCUUGUUUUGGUGUUUUCACAUCACAUGACGACUAAAGUGAAGUUGAGGUUUUCCUGGAGCACUGGCAGCUUCUUCGCAUGAUAAUGUGGGAUAUACAUUAAGACUGUGUUCGCUAAGUUGAGACAAUUGCAAAUAUUAUCUGGAGUUGGGAUUUUCAUUUUUUAAGUAUUUAUUCCUGUGCGAGUUUAAGGCCUAAUGAACAUGGAGGCGUGCAUGAAGUGAUGAAACAGUUUACCUCAAUUCGUUCACUUCUUAUUUCAUUGCUUGCGUGCUCUAAGAACUUUUGUUUUGUGGGCUUUUCUGUAGAAUUUCGUUAGGUGUGCAUCAUUUGCAACUAAUCUUUCUAGUGAAUGUGAGGCUCUUCAUGCUUCUGUUGGGCAAAUCACCCAUGCAUUUUAUACACGGCUGAAGCUGGUUCCUUGAACUGUACUGUGCAUCAAUUUGACAUGGACUACUGCUUUGCGAGUCUCGAAAGCAAUAUCUUUUGUACUUCAAUAUUUCAAUUAUUUUUUUACAUUUGUAAUGAAUGUUACAUGAACCCAUUUUGGGAUGAAUUAGUCACAGUUUGCUCUGAAGUCUUAGUGGUGUGAGUAAUUGUGUAGAGUCUAAAGGUUUUUAUUGAUCACAAUUUUCAAUGCAUUCAUUUUACAUUCCCUCUUUUUGUUGCAUUUUUGGGGUAUCUUCACUUUUGGUACAACUUACUGGCACAAUUUGUGGCAGCAAUACGAAUAUAGCUUUACUUUUUUUAAGUGUCAUGUUUAGUUAGCACAUUCUUUUUAUGACCGCACGUGUACCCAAUUUAGUGUCAUGCUAAUAGGCCAUAAUGAUAAUCUGUUACUUGGUAUUCUUUUGUUUCCUGGGAUCACACAUUCCUUUUUUUCUGUUGUUUCUACUACACACUUAUUGCAGCACUGCCGAUUCGUUCUUAUUCUGACCAAACUGCGGGCGACACGUCAAAUCAUGCACCAAAUACCAUGGAACUUCCCAGGAAUUUUACAAAAGCGUUUCUUAGGUGAUGCCAAAUGUUUUAAAAACUUUGCACGGUGUGGUGUUAUAAGGACGAAGUACUAAUUGUAUUUCAUCAGGUGUCGGUGGGCUCAGUGCACGGCAGUGUCCAGAUUGUAGCAUCUUUUAAGAUACUCUUGGAGCUCUUCAAUUUGUUUUGUGCUCCGAUGUCCACUUCAUCGACUUACGAGCUGGGACCUUUCCAUCUUCCAUUAAGUGGCAGUAGUUUGCUUGCUUGGCAAUGUAAACUGCCAAAUAAUGAGAUCAGAAGAGAAUAUGUUUGUUGGCCAGUAUAAUUAAAUCUGACACUGAUCUGUGGCAGGCAGCUCAAUUGUGUUUGCAAGGUGAGUAAAGUUUCACAAAAUGAAAUGUUGGCAACUGUUUGAAGGUAUCACAAACUAAGCACGCUGUUCAAACGAAAAUUUGGCAGGGAAUUCCGUUUGCUGCUUAUCACGUGGCCACAUCGCAACCAUAUUUAUACGUCCUUGUGUGUCGGCUGGGGAAGCAGUCAUAACUGUUUUCAAGACGUGUGACCCUGGUGCUGUGCUAUAAGAUUUUUGCUUCUGCAUGCAGCCAGGUCUUCACACACUUGCGUCUACUGCGUGGCAACUUUAUUGUAUGUGUGUGUUUGUUUUCUGUGUCUUCAAUGCUUGUCAGGUUUAUAACCACCUGUUUGCUGAGCAAACAGGCUUUGCUUUGACUGCAGAGAUAUUUAUUGGGCUCUCCUGGCGAGCAGCCCUAUGAAUGACUGUCACUGAAAUGCUCCUGUUACCAGAUUAUGUGAGAAGUUCCGAUUGAGCAACAGGUACGUACAGGGCAAAGAACUAGCGUGGGAAAGAGAAUGUGUGUGUGGCAGACAUAGUCAGCAGAUGUUUGCUGAAAACAAAAAAAUAGGCAGUAUGGCUCUCUAUUGCCACCAUUCGAUUCCGUUCUUUGCGCAAGUAAAAGCUCAGUCUAAAAUUUUCACAAGCUCUGGUGCCACUGAAACCUUUUGUGUGUGCUCACAUAGAUAUACUUCUACUGCUAUACUACCAGUUAAGUUUUAGACACAUGUAUUGCUAGCUGGUGAAAUUUUCACAAGUGAAUGUGGCAGCCUCUUUUUUAUAUUGGACAAUGAUGUUCAAUUUUAUACAUUUUUUCGAUUACAUUCAUAUUGCUUUUUUUUUUUGUGCAGCCUGUGACAUUUCUUCAGUAUAUGCGACUACAUGAAGUUUAAUAAAACUGAUUGGCAGCA